AUGCCUUCCCAAGAUAUCAAGUCUGUCCUUCAGACCAAGCCUGUCACCUUUACUCUGCGGACUGGCGGCGGCAAAUGGAAGUGCACUAUCCACGGUGACCGACCAUCAUAUGAGAAGCAUCGUGCUGCUGUUCCCGGCAUUGCUCGCACCGACUCCGACAUUUCCGCUACCUCCAGCAAGACCACUUCGUCUGCUGGCUCUAUCAGGUCUCACUAA